CGAAGAGAGAAACGCGAGCAACCAGCGAUCGCCCCAUGGCCGCCAUGGCUCGUUCCGUCUCCCUCGUCGUGGCGCCCCUGCUCCUCCUCUCCCUCCUCGUCUCCGCCGCGGCCAGCGCGCGGACCGUGGGCGACACCGUGCAGGACGCGUGCAGCAAGACCCAGUUCCCCAAGAUCUGCGUGGACAGCCUCGCCGCCAAGCCGGAGAGCCAGAAGGCGACGCCGCGCAAGCUGGCGGAGCUGUUCGUGAACAUCGCGGCCGAGAAGGGGUCCGGGAUGGCCACCUUCGUGCACCGCAAGUACAGCGACAAGGAGGACAGCGACAUGUUCAGGUGCUACGACAGCUGCUCCGACGACGUGGAGGAGGCCGUCGCCCACCUCAACGGCCUCGUCCGGGAGCCCACCGACGCCAAGUUCCUCGAGCUCAAGUCGUGGCUCUCCUCCACGCUCGGCGGCACCUCCACCUGCGAGGACGCCUGCAAGGACCUGCCCAAGACCAGCGACAAGGACGACGUCGUCAACUUCAGCCUCGACUUCGAGAAGCUGCAGCGCGUCACGCUCGACCUCAUCACCGAGGCGUCCGGCACCAUGUCCGCAGGCAUCGCCCUGCCACCCUCCAACGCCGGAGCGCCCUCCUACGGCGCGGCGGCGCCUUCCGGGGGCUCCGCCGAUGCCCCCGCCGGCGCCUCCGAGGGCCCUGCGAGCGCCAGCGGCCCGUCUGGUGACGACGCGCCGGCGUCCGGUGCUGGUGCCAGCGCGUCGGCUGCUGAUGCUCCGGCGGCGGCGGCCUCAUCCGGUCCCUCUAGCGCACCAGCGCCAUCGUCGUCGUCUGAGUCCUCCGCCGCACCAGGCCCAUCUUCUGAUGGCACCUCCAGCGCCCCAGCACCAUCGUCCGGCGACGAUUCUGAUUCCGACGACGAUGGGUCAGCUUGAGCCUGACCGAUGACGCGGGUUUGGGUUACCGGUGCCACUCAAAAUACGAUCCCUUUUAUUGUAAAAGAGGGAUCCCUUCUUUCCAUUGCAUUCUUGCAAUCCGUUUCUUCUUGACUAUGUUUCUUCUUGACUAUGUAACGAUAAUAACAUGAGAAAAUUAUCUGAAUGACAUUAUAUUUUUUCUAAUGCUUUAUUUAUCAUCGCAAAUAUCUUAAUUAAUUCUUUCUAUACCACUUAAAUGUACUUUUUUAUUAUUUCUUAUCAUUGCUGGUGAUAUAGAAGAGUAAAAUAAUUGUAUGUUCUAAUUUCUUGUAUGGUACUCAUGAUCACAUAGAAAUAUAAGAAAUAACACCCGAGUUAUAUACUU